AUGUCCAGGGAGGUUCGAAUCGAUUUCGACACACGAGGCUACGCUAUUACCCUCGAUGAGACUGUGGAUUACUGCGGAUACAGGUGGAAUCUUUCUCUAAUUCAAGAAGAAUCUGUGUCCAACCACCCGGGUACUGCCCGUGUUCUGGAUUUUAAAUGGGCGGAUCUGGUUGUAUUAAGUACAUGGAAAGAUACUUGCACAUCAUCACAUGGCGCAUCGUGUCAAAAUCCCCUCAAGAUAUGGCACACACGGCCUGCCUGGCUGAUCGACGUGGAACAAAAAUGCCUCAUCCCAGGCAACGUUGAAGGGAACUACGUUGCGCUAAGCUACACUUACGGAAAUCAUAUGGGCCGUGUAAUCGAUGCUAGCAUCCUCGAUAUGCUUCAAGUGCCAGAUGCUCUGGAAAGCUCAAACUUUUCAGGGUAUGUCUCGCCCAUUAUACGAAAAGCCAUGUUCUUGACCGCAGCCAUCGGGGAGAGAUAUCUAUGGGCAGACGCAAUAUGCAUCACUCACGAAGAUCGAGAGUCAACUACUCGACAACUGAAUUUAAUGGGCGCCAUCUACGCCAACGCAAUCCUCACAAUUAUAGCAGCUGACGGUGAUUCUCUAACUGGCCUCGCGGGUAUUAAGGGUAUCUCGGCUGCUCGGCAACUCAAACAGGGCAUCAUCCCUUUUGGAGACCAAAAGCUGCUGAGACAUGAGACCUUUGGCUUGGAAGCGGAAUACUAUCUGCCUUACUACGAAAGAGGCUGGAUAUAUCAGGAAAUGAGACUGUCCACUCGGAAAAUCGUCUUUCAUGAGGAGCAACUACAUUGGAUGUGCCCAUGUAGCGUGUGGCAUGAAGAAUUCGCACAGAAAUUCCAACUUGAGAGGGAUUCUGGCAGCCAGACGUCAAUAGAUUCAUCCAUGAGGAUCCUCAUUGCUGGCUUCUUUGAUUGGUCUGUAUUCAGCCUUCUUGUAUCGCGUUACAACGACAUGACCUUCCGAUACGACGAGGAUGCUCUCCCUGCAAUCUCAGGAUUCCUUUCUGUCCUCAGUCGACGUUUUAAAGGUGGUUUCUUGUACGGGAUACCUGAAAUAAUGUUUGAGCGUGGACUCGGCUGGAAGCCAUGGCUUGAAUCCACAAAUGUUCAACGACGCAUUCGUUCGUCAAGAUCCCAGGAGAUUCAACUUAAACCUUCUGGUCUCCCCUCCUGGUCAUGGAUCGGAUGGAGCGGCACUGUGGGUCCAGGAUAUAAAGAAGCGACACUGAUGGCAAGAGGUUAUGAUGAACUUGAAGAAACAACAUCCAUUACCGUAUGGUACACCAGUAACUCUCCAACGGAUCCGCCUGAGCUGUGGCGACGGAUAAGAUCUACAUGGUAUGAGGAUCGGGACAGCUACAAGGACUUUACCAAGCCACUACCGCCAGGAUGGACACGUCACAAAGCUCCGGAGAAGUCAACAUGGAAUGACGGGCCUCAUAUUUCCCCAGAUGGAUGCGAUGAAUACAUUUUUAGGAACGAGUCUAUGCCAGUUGAUGAGUUGGGUUUGGAGGAAGGACAUGGGUGGUAUUAUCCUUUCCCUGUCAUGGAGGUGAAUGAAUCGACAUUACCUGAUAUGCCUGAGCAGACAGAGUAUCUCUUUUGUAAAACCAAGAAAGCUCAAGUAUGGGGAGUUCAAAAGGUUGGAGAACGGAAAGAUGCGUUGCUCUACAAUAGUCAGAAGCAGGAGGUUGGGUUCCUCAACUUGGUCAAUGACGACUAUCUAGCUCGCUUCCCCAAGGCAAUGACUGAUGAAGAGGGAGGCAUAUCAGUAGAUUUGGUGGCUGUAUGUAAAAUAAGGACAUACAGCAGGACUCAGGAUGAAGUCACUGAGAUCUGGGACAAGAUACUAACCACGAAGGAUACAUAUCUGGUUCUAUGGGUGGAGUGGAAAGAUGGGAUUGCGUAUCGUCUUGCCAGCGGACAGGUACAGGUUGACAAGUGGGAUGAAUUAGACUUGGAAGAUAUUUCUUUGAUUCUUGGAUAG